ACAGCUGCUCUGAAGGACUGAAGAACAUCGGGACCUCUUAGCGAGUUAUUGAUAACUUUUUGGAAUGUUGGUGAAUGAAGACGACGUGACGGAAUGGAGUGAGGAUACUCUGGAAUACUAAGCCCCGUGACUGCAGUGCCUGCGAGGAGAGACAUCAGAGGAAUCCCGAGUGAUCCCGAGGACAGAAGCCACUCUGGAAAGUGGUCCAGAGGUCUAGGAAAGUCAAAAAGACAGACCGAGAUUCCGCAGGAGUAGUAGUGACACGAGGGGGUCCGACACAGAGGACAACUCUGGAGACAUGUCUACUUAACGGUGCUGUUACUAAGACUCGGAAGGGUAUUUAAAAAAAAAAAAAGCAGAAGGUUCCAUCAUCCCCACCAGAAAAAGAUGAGCCUCGUUUCUACGGCUUCAAAAAUCAAUGAAAUUAGAGAACCGGGCAGGGAAGGGUAACAGACCGGGGGAGAAACCCAGACAGGUGACACAGGAAGAAUGGCACCGCGGCACCCACCUGGCAUCCUGAUCCUGACUGCCGGCCUCCUGCUCUCCGUACAAAGGUCUUUGACAAAUGAAAUUUUAGGGCUGAAGAUCCCCCCAGAGCCAGUGCUGAACGCCAACACCGUGUGUCUGACGCUCCCAGGCUUGACACGCCGCCAAAUGGAGGUGUGCAUGCGCCACCCGGACGUGGCGGCCUCUGCCAUCCAGGGAAUCCAAAUCGCCAUCCAUGAGUGCCAGCACCAGUUCCGAGAUCACCGGUGGAACUGCUCCAGCCUGGAGACCAAGAACAAAAUACCCUACGAGAGCGCGGUGUUCAGCCGAGGUUUCCGAGAGAGCGCCUACGCGUACGCCAUCGCGGCAGCCGGCGUGGUUCACGCCGUGUCCAACGCCUGCUCCAUGGGCAAGCUGAAGCCGUGCGGCUGCGACGAGAAGAGGAGAGGCGACGAGGAAGCCUUCAGAGCCAAGCUGCACCGGCUGCAGCUGGAGGCCUUGAACCACGGCAAGGGGGUGGCGCAUGGGGUGAUGGAGCACUUGCCGGCAGAUGCCCCGGGCCCUCAGGACUCCUGGGAGUGGGGGGGCUGCAGCCCGGAUGUGGAGUAUGGGGACAGGUUCUCCAGGGAAUUCUUGGACUCUCGGGAGUUGUACAGAGACAUCCAUGCGCGGAUGAGGCUGCAUAACAACAGAGUGGGCCGACAGGUUGUGAUGGACAAUAUGAAGAGGAAAUGUAAAUGCCACGGUACAUCCGGCAGCUGUCAGCUAAAGACCUGCUGGCAAGUGACCCCCGAGUUCCGAGUAGUGGGGUCUCUGCUGAAGGACAGAUUCUACGGGGCCACCUUAAUUAAGCCACACAACAGGAACACGGGCCAGGUGGAGCAGACGCACGCGCCCUACAGGAGGAAAGCCAGCGCCAGCGGCUUGGUUUAUUUCGAGAAGUCGCCCGACUUCUGCGAGCAGGAGCUGCACUUGGACUCGGCCGGAACGCAAGGGCGGAUAUGCAACAAAACCAGCCCAGGAAUGGAUAACUGCGAGAGCCUGUGCUGCGGGAGAGGACACAACAUGCUCAUGCAGACGCGCAGCGAGAGGUGCAACUGCAAAUUCCACUGGUGCUGUUACGUGGUUUGCGAGGAGUGCCGGAUCACGGAGUGGGUCAGCGUGUGCAAAUAGCACAUCCCCUCCACG